UGCUUUCGCCAGGACGUACCAGAGGCGAAAGAUUGCUCGGAAGAAAGAAGAACUUAAAGCUAGGAUUUCCAUUCCAAAGAUAUAGUAAAGGUGGAAGAAGCGAGUGUUUUCAACAGAAGUAAUAAAAAGAAGUAAACUCUUCUGUAUUUUACAAGCUUCGAAUUUUCUGGAACAGAGAAGAAAAAUGGCAGAAGAGGUUAGUAACAAGCAAGUCCUUUUCCGAGAUUUCGUAACGGGAUUUCCGAAAGAAUCCGAUAUGGUAUUGAGUACCGGCACGAUACGGUUGAAGGUGCAGGAAGGAUCGAAGGCCAUCCUCGUCAAGAAUCUCUACCUUUCUUGCGAUCCCUACAUGCGUAUACGGAUGGCCAUGACUGACUUCGCAAUUGAUUUUCCUCCUUUCAUUCCAGGAUCGCCCAUUACUGGCUUUGGGGUGGCUAAAGUUUUAAACUCGGGACAUCUGGACUUCAAGGAAGACGACUUGAUUUGGGGGAUAACUGGAUGGGAAGAGUUCAGUCUUAUAUCAGAACCCGAGACCUUGUUUAAAGUUAAAUAUACUGAUGUACCUCUUUCUUAUUAUACUGGUAUUCUCGCACAAGAUAGAAGAGAAAGAGCAAGAAAAGAAUAUACGUAUAGGAGCAGAGGUGUGUACAACCUACCUCUGCAUUUGUUAACAGGUAUGCCUGGCCUUACAGCUUAUGUUGGAUUUUAUGAGGUCUGCACUCCUAAGAAAGGGGAAUACGUCUUUGUGUCAGCAGCUUCCGGUGCUGUGGGUCAGCUAGUUGGACAAUUCGCAAAGUUGAUGGGGUGCUAUGUUGUUGGAAGUGCUGGUUCUAUUGAAAAGGUUGAUCUAUUGAAGAGUAAGUUUGGGUUUGACAAUGCUUUCAACUAUAAGGAAGAACCUGACUUGAACGUGGCUUUAAAAAGGUAUUUUCCCAAGGGCAUCGACAUCUAUUUUGAGAACGUAGGCGGCUCGAUGCUUGAUGCAGUACUAGCGAACAUGAGGCUCCAUGGUCGCAUUGCGGUGUGUGGUAUGAUCUCUCAGUACAACCUUGAGAAACCUGAAGGCGUGCACAACUUAUUCCACCUCAUCACAAAGCGCAUCCAGAUGAAAGGGUUCGAGGUGUUCGACUACUACUCAUCAUAUCCUAAAUUUCUCGAGGUAACUCGACAAUAUAUCAAAGAAGGGAAGAUUGUUUAUGUGGAAGACAUUGUCGAAGGUCUCGAGAGUGCUCCGGCAGCCUUGAUAGGACUCUUCACAGGAUGCAAUGUCGGGAAACAGGUAGUUGUAGUUUCCCAUGAGUGAUUCUAAGGCACAUUUAAGUAGAAAGGAUAUAAAAAUGAACUUAAAAUAGUCAUAGAAUAGUCCAUGAUUAGAUUUUAUACAUGCAUGGUACUUUUAAGUUGUCCUAUUUCGAACAAUGUUUUAUGUAUCAGUGUGUCACUAUGUAUCACAUCCUUGGAAUACGAAAAUAUCAUGGAAAAUAUCAUAAGUAUUACCUAA